UACUUUACUCAAAAAUAGCCAGUGAACGCCUUCGCUUUAGCGCGCUCGCAUCAAGUCGGCCGUGUCUCCAUACGAACUCGAAACGAAUCAAUAAAACGAAUCGAGCAUCGACGGUUUACAGUUAUAUCCUAUAUCUAAUCGAACGUAUCGUCAACCGAGGUGAAACUAGACCGCGGUCUUUACCGUCCACGAUGAGAACCAGCGAAAAUAGAUGACAGCAGGCCAAGGAGAAGACUCAGGUGAAACAACUCGCGAAACUUGACGAAUUUCGACCAGUGAGGAAGAUGUGAAACUGCCCAAAAUGGUAAGGAUGGGCUUUUCCUCCAACCUCCAAGGGAAGGUGUCCCACGACGCCAUCAUAACGAGGCAGGACGCGGAACUCAGGCUCUUGGAGCUGAUGAAAAGAUGUCUGGUGUCUAAAGUUAAAUGUGAUCGCGAAUACGCGGUGGCUCUAAGUGCGGUCGCCACGCAAGGGCUCAAAAUGGACAAGAGUGACGACUUGUGCGGCAGUCUGAUCGCCUCCACGUGGAGGACCAUGAUGGAGGAGCUGGACAAUACCGGGAAACUGAUCAAACAGAACGCGGACAGCGUGGAGAGCAGGGCGAUAGAUUCCCUGAACUGUCUGUACGCGGAGAAGAGGAAGAUCAGGAAAUUGUACCAGGAGGAGUAUAACAGGAUCCAACACCAGUUGACUAACAUAACAGAGGAGGUAACGAGGAAGAAACUAGAAUAUCAGAAAUACUUGGAGUUGUACAAAUUGAUGCGGACGAGAUUCGAAGAGUAUUAUGUUAAGGCUGGAAGGGGAGGUAAGAAAUUAGACGAAGUCAGGGACAAAUACCAAAAAGCUUGCAGAAAACUGCAUCUUACACACAACGAAUACGUCCUGCUUCUCUGCGAGGCGGUGGAAUUCGAAAAAGAUUUCAGAACAGUUCUGCUUCCCGGACUUUUGGAGAGGCAACAGAACAUUCAGGAAGAUUUUAUACUGAUCUGGAAACAAAUUCUUAUAGAUGUAUCCAGUUUGUCGGACCUAUCUUCAGAAAAAUUCAAGAAGAUUCAGAAGAAAGUGGGGAAUUCCCUGGAAGCUAUAAGACCAACAGAGGAAUACAAGGAUUUUACGGAAAAAUUCAAAACAGGGCCAGUCGAGCAAGUGAAGUUCGUCUUCGACGAAAGCCUGAUAGAAGACUCGACCGUGAAGUUCUUGCCUAACCAACUUACAGUGGACAACUUGACGGUGGACUGGCUGAGGAACAAGCUGGCCGAUUUGGAAUCUAGUAUAAAGGAGAGCGAAGAGAAGCGUGCCAACAUAUCGACAAACAACCAGGAGACGCCCUUGACGAACGGAAAGAGCUCCUCUAAUCAAGAGUUCAAUAACAGGAUAGCCAGCAUUCUAGACAAUUCGAAGAAAGAAAUCGAAGAACUGAAAUGUUCAGAACGGAAGAUGCUGAAGCAGACUGAUCUCAUCAAGAGCGCUUUGAAUGAACUAGGCUGUGAAGAAGUGCCAUCCGGAUGUGACUUGUCCAUUGAUAAUCCGUCAUUCACCAACGAAAAUACGGCCGAACAGAGCCAGAACAAAACGACCACGGUGUUCAAAAAAUCAUUUGGUCCCCAAAAAAUAGUGAAAAUACUCCGGAAACCGUUCAGGAGAAAGUCAGCUCCAUCCUCUCCUGUAGCUCCUCCAAGGACUAAAGGAAGACGGGAUUCUUCUGCACACAGCGAAGGCGCAGAACCUGUCAGCAGUACCUGGGUUACGCUGACGACAAACAAGUCUUUGGUGGAGGAAGAAUGGUUCCACGGGGUUUUACCACGAGAAGAAGUUGUCAGGCUCUUGGUCAACGAUGGAGAUUUCCUCGUCAGGGAAACAACCAGAAACGAUGAAUCUCAAACAGUUCUCUCAGUUUGCUGGGGUGGUCAUAAGCAUUUCAUCGUUCAAACAACAGCAGAGGGUCAAUUCAGAUUCGAAGGACCAGCUUUCCCGAGCAUUAGAGAGCUGAUUUUGUACCAAUUCACCAGCGGACUUCCGGUAACUGGAAGAUCUGGUGCUUUAUUGAUGAAGCCAAUUCCCAGGGAGAGGUGGGAAUUGAAUAACGAUGAUGUUAUUCUUCUGGACAAAAUAGGAAGGGGCAACUUUGGCGACGUCUACAGAGCCCAGCUGAAGAACAGCAACGAAAUAUACGCUGUAAAGACUUGUCGAGGAACCUUGCCAGAAGACCACAAGAAAAAAUUCCUACAAGAAGGUCGCAUCUUGAAGCAAUACGACCAUCCCAAUAUAGUAAAGCUGAUUGGAAUUUGUGUACAGAAACAGCCGAUCAUGAUAGUCAUGGAACUAGUUCCUGGUGGAUCGCUGUUGACAUUUCUGCGAAAACAAGGGGCUAAUUUGAACGAUGGACACUUGAUGAAGAUGUGCCUUGACGUGGCAGCAGGAAUGAGGUAUUUAGAAUCGAAAAAUUGCAUUCACAGGGAUUUGGCCGCUAGGAAUUGCUUAAUUGGUUACAACAACGUGGUCAAAAUAUCGGAUUUUGGAAUGUCUCGCGAAGAAGAGGAAUACAUAGUAUCCGAUGGGAUGAAGCAGAUUCCAAUAAAGUGGACAGCACCAGAAGCUCUGAAUUUCGGAAAGUAUACUUCACUUUGCGACGUUUGGAGCUACGGUAUUUUAUGUUGGGAAAUAUUCUCUAGGGGUGGUACGCCCUACAGUGGAAUGAGUAAUUCGAAGGCUAGAGAAAGAAUAGAUGCAGGUUAUAGAAUGCCUGCUUCAGAAAACACCCCGGAAGAGAUGUAUCGUCUUAUGCUGAGAUGCUGGGAGUAUAAACCAGAAAAUAGGCCAAACUUCGAACAAGUAUACACCGUUGUGGAGACACUGUGCAACUCGUAUAGGACGUCUUUUCUAUAAUUUUAUUGCUGUUGAAAUAUAACUUUGUAAUUUUUUUAAUAUCAAAAUGUAUCCAAUUUUAAAUCUGUUGAAAAUAUAUUAAUUUUUAUUA